GUUUGCUUGAACUUGUAAUCAGCGGCAAUAUAAAUGUGAGGACUAAUCGUAUCUGUAAUAAAUUGUACCACUUUGUGACUCAGAGAAAAAAGGUUCCACAAGAUGAAUUUGCAUGCCUACUUUUGGUGCGAUGAGGUCUCAAGUGUUAUAAACAAUAAUGACAGGGACGAAAUAAGUUUUCGCAAAAGUAAAUAGUCUCAAGCAAGAUUCCGAAUGCUGAAAACUGCCGAAAAGAUCGCAAUCAAACUUGGUUUCAAACGUCCUCCACAACCUCCACAACGUUUCAUACCUGUUGGACCAGCUUCCAGAAAACAAUUUCCAGUAGAAGGUUAUCCUUUAAAAAAGUUAUAUGGAACAAAUAAGGUGACAACAACUAAGUACACAUGGUAUGGAUUCUUUUUCCAAAAUCUCGGAGAACAAGCUCAAAGGAUUGCGAACUUUUACUUUAUAAGUCUUGCAGUCAUCCAGCUUUUCACUGAUGCACCUGUUGCUCCAGUAACUUCUGUGAUUCCACUAGUUUUUGUACUUCUUGUGACUAUGAUCAAGCAGGGGUACGAAGACUUUUUAAGACUUAAAGCAGAUAGAGAGAUAAAUCAUAUUCCUAUUGAAAUUGUCACGGAAAGUGGUCACUUGGAGACCGUCAAAUCAAUGGAAUUGGAAGUUGGCAAUAUAGUACUAUGCAGAAACAAUACAUCUUUUCCUUGUGAUAUACUUUUACUUAGCUCCAGUGAACCAAGUGGAGAAUGCUUCGUAACUACUGCAAGUUUGGAUGGUGAAACAAAUCUAAAACAGUUUGUGGCUAUUGAGCAUACAAAUGCUUAUGAUACACCACUGUCACUUGCUACUGAAUUAAAGGCCUAUAUAUGUUGCCAGCAGCCGGAGGAGGACCUGUACAGUUUUAGUGGACGCAUCUGUGUCAAGAAUUCAAACGACAACUCAUCUACUCUUGAUUAUCCUUUGGGACCAAAGAACUUACUGCUGAGAGGAGCAUGCCUCCGAAAUACAGAUUAUAUUUAUGGCUGUGUUGUUUACACAGGUCGCGAUACAAAAUUGGCCUUAAAUUCAAAGGGGAAAAAGACAAAGUUUUCACAAGUCGAAGGGAGACUCAAUUUCUACCUUGCUUUUAUACUUGCGUUUUUGGCCCUGUGUGUAAUAAUUUCAAUCACUUUGAGUUUAGUCCUAGGUCACCCUAAUACAUGGUACCUUCCACCAGAAAGGAGAAGUAUCUGGAGUUUCUGCCAAGAAUUCCUGGGAUUUAUUGUUUUAUACAAUUACAUCAUUCCAAUUUCAUUAUAUGUGACGAUUGAAAUACAAAAGUUCAUUGGUUCUCUAUUUUUUGAGUGGGAUUUGAAUCUUUAUGAUGAGAGAAUAAACGAGAGAGCGAAGGCUAAUACAUCGGAUUUGAUUGAAGAAAUGGGACAGGUUGAAUAUUUAUUCACAGAUAAAACUGGAACGUUAACAGAGAAUUCAAUGCUAUUUCGUCGACUGGCAACAGCUAUGGGUGUUUUCUAUUUUGAAAAUAGCGGUUUAUUUCGAUAUACUGAUUCACCGCCAAGUACACAUAUUAACGAUUUGAACGCUGAUCAAAAUACAAUCAGUAGAGAAGAACAAGAAGAGUUGGAUGAAGUUUCAGAAGCUGUAAAGUUGAAGUCAAACUCUGAAACCGAGAGUCAAUCACCUACUGUAAACAGUGUACAAACAUUACUUCUUCUGCUUUCUUUAUGUCAUACUGUUAGAGUUGAAAGGAGAAUACCAGAAGAACUUUUUUCAAAGUCAACUCUAGACAAACUAGACAGUGAUAAAACACCACGUCGGAGUAGUAGUGCAUUAAGACGUGCGUCGGCAGCUCUUGCAGCAUCUGCAGCCUUCCGUGCAUCCAAACGUGGACGUAAAGUGAAAACGCAUGAUUAUGAAUAUCAGGCGUCAUCUCCUGAUGAAAAAGCGUUUGUAGAAACAUGUCGUGAUUUGGACAUAGUAUACCAUGGCUCAGACGAAAGUGGAUUACUUGUAAUAACAAUUCACGGAGAAGCCGUGAGAUAUCGACUAUUGGAUGUACUUGAAUUUGAUCCAACAAGAAAAUGCAUGUCAGUCAUCGUCCAAUUCGUACCAAAGGACGGUAACACAACAUCGUCAACAAGUCCACCGCCUGUCUUGAUACUGUGUAAAGGUGCCGAAACAACUCUUCUUGCCAAGGUAAAUGCAAGCCAACAGACCACACAAUUCCCUAGCUAUGGUGAUCCGUUAGGUGAUAGCUUUUGUGGCCCUUACGCUUCAUAUUUACAAAUGGACCCUGAACAAGUGAUGAAACAAGUGACUGAAUUUGCUACACUUGGCCUACGAACAUUAGUUAUGGGUGUCCGUUUGGUUACUUACGAACAAUGGACUCAAUUGAAACAACAGUUGGACACAGCAAGAGGAAUGAUGGAUGGCCGUCAAAAGGAAUUAAUAUCUGCUUAUAAUGAUAUUGAAAGUAAACUUACAUUAAUUGGAUGUACUGGUAUAGAAGAUAUGCUGCAAGAUGGUGUACCUGAAACUAUAAAAGCACUCAGAGAAGCUGGUAUUAAAGUUUGGGUGCUUACGGGGGAUAAAGAGGAGACAGCUGUUAAUAUUAGCUACUUAGCUGGACAUUUUUAUCCUGGUAUGCAAGAAGUUCGUAUAACAAAAUUAAAUGAUAUGAUUGGUUGCGGAGGCUUUUUAAAAAGUCAAAUUGAACGUAUAAAAGAAUCAAAAGAAUACCAUCCUGAAGCGCAAUUCGGUGUUGUUAUAGACGGCCAGUCGUUAAAUUAUGCUCUUGUGGAGCCAGUAAGAUCAUUACUUUUACAAUGUUGCUUAGAAUCAACAACAGUCCUAUGCUGUCGAUUAACGCCUUUACAAAAAGCUGAAGUGGUAAGAUUAAUUAAAGAAAGUAGAAAGUCAUCAGUACCGAUUACUGCGGCUAUCGGUGAUGGAGCCAAUGAUGUCUCAAUGAUACAAGAAGCACACAUUGGUUUCGGUAUAUACGGUAAAGAAGGCAGACAAGCUGUUCGAGCUGCUGACUAUGCAUUUGGACGUUUUCAUUUCUUAAAAAAUGUUAUCCUUGUACAUGGACAUAACUUUUAUCUUCGCGUUUCUUUAUUAGUUAUGUAUUUUUUCUACAAAAAUAUAAUUUUCACUUUACCUCAAAUGUUGUAUGGAUUUUUCUGUUCUUAUUCACAACAGUCAGUUUAUCCGCAAUUGUAUUUAUUAUUUUUCAAUUUAACUAUGACAUCAAUACCAAUUCUAUUAUAUGGUAUCUUUGAGGUACCAGUACCAGAGAGUACACUUUUAGAGUUUCCUGUUUUAUACAAAGGAAUUGCUAAAAAUGCUAUCCUCUCUAAAGAACGCUUUAUCUUUUGGAUUGGUUUGGCCUGUUGGCAUGCUUUCGUUGCAUUUUUUGGUGCAUAUUUUUUAACUUUUCAAGGUCAAAGCAUUGAUAAUGGUAACUCUGCACUAGGCGAUAUCGUUUGCUUUGGCAAUUUUGUUAUUAUUCUUGUAUUUAUUAUUGUAAAUAUCAAAGUACUACUUAUGAGCUAUUAUUUAAACUGGAUUGUAUUACUACUAUGGCAUGUGGCAUUUUUCAGUAAUCUUGGAGCAUUUUUAAUAUGUAAUGUGGUACUUUUUCCUGCUACAAUUGGUAAACAGCUAUUUGGAUCAUUUACAGUUAUGUACACUGGUUCAGGAGCUGGUGUUACCUGGUUUGGUACACUGUGUUUAGUUUUACUGGCUCUUUUACCUGAUUUUAUUAUACGUACAAUAGAGGAUCAAGGUUGGCAAUGGAGGUUGAAUAAUUUGCAAGAAGAACAAAGAAAGAAACUAAGAGGAUCUAAAGUACAACAAAGAACAUCGGUACGCAUAUCAAUCAUGUCAAAACAAAUAGAUGAGACGGAAGAGAAUAAUGAUAAGGAUGAGGGUUUAUAUGACUAUACAAACCCCAUAUUUUAUGAAAUACCCAACUGGCAAAUCGAAGACAAAUUGGAUCACACAAUGGCUGUGUACACACCAGAUUCAGUCAGCAAUAGACCAACCAUGACAAACCCACAGUACUCAACCACAAAAUCUAUUAAAAAUGGAGAUUUUUAUAACAUUCUACCUUUGAACAACGGUACAGCCACUAAGACUAUUAGUAGUACUACUAAUAUGCCUAGCAAUAGUAUGAUGGAUAAUCCUCAAAAGCAUACUCCUAUGAAAGUAAUUACUAUGCCUGACGCAAUGGAAAUAACCGACUCCACAUUAAAUGUACCCAGUCUGUAUGGAAACAAUAUUGAUCCGAUGGCUAAUUCAGCUUUAACUAAAUUUUAAUUAUUUUCAUUCAUUCUUCGUUUUUAUUUCUUCGUUUCAUUUUUUCUGCGUAUUUUUUUGUUCAUGAGGAAGUUGUUUUUUUUUCAUCCUGGAGUGUUCGUGCAGCCUGUACAUAUCCGCAUGUAUGUUCUUGUGUCUGGUUCCAUUUCACCAGUUAAACCGGGUAAUUAACAUUAUCAUUGUUCAGGGACUUAAAGAUGAAAAUACAAGAGGUCAUCUUUUCGUUUUUGCUAUCAGACAAUAAUUUAUUCUCCCAAAAAGGCUGUUUAUCAUUUCGUCAAAUGAUUAGUGCCAUUUCGAUGUAUGAAAUGCAUUACAAGUAAAAAGACAAAUAUUGGAUGUAACAAGACCAAGAUGACACAUAAAGAAUUAAUUAGUAGACAUAUAUAUAUUUUUGUAAAAGCUUACCAAAGAUCAAAUUAAAUUAAUAUUUUGUAUAAUUACCAGAAGAAGAAGAAAAGAAUGUGUUAGGCUUCAGUCAAUGUGUAAUUAGAUCAUAUCCUUUAGGAUACGUAAAUACAUACAUUGUUACACGCAUGCUUAAUUGUUUGCAUGUAAAAACUAACCUCAACUGUAUAUGUACUACAGCACACAUAUAUACAUAUAUAGGCGUGAAUCCAUCUAUGCAUGCUUCACUAUAAUAUGCGUCAUAAAUCUUACUAACUCAGUCAGACGAAAUCAGAUUUUAAAUUUUAUAGAAAAUCAAUAAAUCAGUCAGUUAUGUGAUAUCAAAAUAUCUGUCUUUCUACCUUCUUCGUUAAGUGUUUAUUUUACAUUUUACAUAUACAUAUUUUUAAAAUAAACACAUUUAUUUAUCCACAGUACAUCUUCAGAGAAAUAUCAGAUAUUCAUCAUUAUAUUUUUCACCUUCCAGUGUGACCGGAAGUGUUUUUGUGUGUGCAAAUCUGUAACCGUCUAUUUGUAUAUGUUUAUAUAUAUAUAUAUAUAUUGUAUUUUUGUAAAAAUUAUUGAGAUUUCUUCCUAAAUAUGCCUACCUGUACUAGCACUGAUUGUUGUCUGUGUAUAAUCAUUUCUGUGAUCCCUUAAUUACUUUUAUAUUGAAAUUUUUAAUUUGUG